AUGAAGUUGCCAAUCCUCGUUUCCGUCUCACUUUUUCUGGCAGCAUGCUCAAGCAUUGGUCAAGCCGACGAAAGUCCUGGUUUCUUCCUGAAGAUCACCAAAAAUGUACCUCGUCUGGGUAAACGCGAUGAGAGUUUCGUCAUGAAAAACAUGAGAACAAUACCACGGAUCGGACGUAGUGAACAAGAUAUGAACAAGGAUGGGAUAGACUUACGAGAACAUUUGACGGGUUCAAUUCCUCAGACCUCCGUAACCCCACUUCUUGCUUGGUUGUGGGAUUUGCCGCAGCCUAUUAAACGACGUCUACCUAUUAAUGGCGGUCCUUCCAUAACAGAACGUGAGCUGGCCGUAGUGCAGCCGGUAAAUUCAAAUACGCUAAUUGAGCUCCUCGAUCGCGAUGCCAUUCCCAGCGAGCAUAUUAAAUUUGUGCACUGGAAGGACUUUGAUCGCGCAUUGCUGGCUGACGCGGAACUAUAUAACAAGGUCAUCCAACUGGGACGCAAGCCUGACCGGAACUUGAAGCAGGAUCUGAGCUUCAACAACUACAUACCGAUCUUUGGAAACAACAAUGCAGGGGGCAACGAUUUCAUGAUGUACAAUAAGGACGACAGCGAUUUAUACGGCAGCCGUUUCGACCGUAACUAUUUGCAGUAUAAUCACCUUAAGUGA